AUGGUGUCCACGCGAAGCAGAACAGAGGUCCCCCCCUUGGUGCCGACUGUGGAGGUUGGCGACGCCGGCCCCGCCUCGGAGGUAUCACGCAUCCUAGAAGCUCAAGCCAGGAUGCAGGAGGAGUUCGCGGAGUACAAAAAGAGAAAUGCGGAAGAGAUGCAAGCACUAAGGGAAGAAAACUCCCGCCUUAGGCGGAGAAUUGAAACAGACAAAGCGACUGGGGAGCCAAACCCCCCAUAUUUGAGGAUGGAGGCCCCCCCUCAGUCGAAAAAUGACCCCCCUCCCUAUUCAAAACUCGACGCCCAUCCUACUGAGGACGAGAGCGAAUACAGGCCCACCGCUCCAACCCUGGGCGGCAAUUAUAGCUCCUUCGCCUCCAGAAGAAAUCGCCGCCACCCCUUCGUGGACGGGAUAACGGAGACACCUCUACCCCAUAAAUGGAAGGCACCAACAGUCACCUACGACGGAACCACGGACCCAGACGAAUUUGUAUCCAUCUAUACCAAUCAAAUAAGCUUGUACUCCACUGAUGAUGCAGUAUUAUGCAAAUCAUUCUCAGUAGCCCUCAGGGGAUCAGCUCUAGAAUGGUUCAUGAGCCUCCCCCCCUACACCAUCGACUCCUUCGCUACACUCACCUCUACCUUCACCACGCAGUUUGACACAAGCAGACGGCAUGAUCUAACCACAAUCGCCCUCCUCAACCUCAGACAAGAAGAAGGAGAACCCCUACGAGUUUUCAUUGAUAGGUUCGGGGCCAUUGCCAUGAAGAUCAAGGACCUCACCCCUAACCUCAUCUUGAUGUACAUGAUGACCUCCCUCAGGCCGGGACCUUUCGCCGACGAGUUGGCAAUGCGCCCCCCCUUGAGUAUGCAGGAACUUUGCAAGAGAGCGGCCAUGUUCAUAAGGGUUGAAGACAUGAGGCGUUACCAGAACAAUGCCCAACCCGCCCCAGCGCGGACAGAGACCAAAAGGACCAACAAAGAACCCGUUCCACGGGACCAUAACCGUCCCUCAGAACGCAGACCAGCAAAAUUCUCAAACUAUGCCCCCCUCAACGCACCCCGGUCCCGUAUACUCGAUGAAGUCCUGCAAGCGGAGCUCCUCCCCCCACCCAAGAAGUAUCAAAACCCGCCCAACGCGGAUUUGAGCAAGUAUUGUCACUGCCACCGCAACAAUGGCCACACCACCGACGAAUGCGACACCCUACGAGACAAAAUCGAAGAACUCAUCCGAGCUGGACAUCUAAGGCACUAUAUAAGGGAAGUUGGGGUGGGUCCACCCAGACCCCGUUACGACAGGAACGAUAACAGGAGGACCGAGCGACGCAAUGACCAACGAGCCGAACGCCGAGAGCCCAGGAGAGAGCCAGCCAGGGCACAGAACGCGGAACAAAGGGAACCACCGCAGCCGCAGCCGCGACGAGCGGAUGACAGACCCCCCCUACGAGGAACGAUCAAAACGAUAUCAGGAGGAUUCACAGGAGGAGGAAGAUCCUCUUCAUCGAGGAAGAGGCACCUGCGGGCCGUCCAACAAAUACACGUAAUAUCCAACCGAACGCAAAGAAGAAUGCCGCCCAUCACUUUUUCGGACUCUGACUUUCAGGGUACCGACCCCAACCAAGACGACCCCAUGGUCAUAACUGUGGAAGUCGAAAGCUUCACGAUAAAGAAGGUUCUCAUUGAUCAGGGAAGCUCCGUGGACAUCUUGUAUUGGAAAACAUUCAACAAGAUGCAGAUACCCCUCGCUGACCUAACCCCCCACAAUGAGCCCAUAUACGGAUUCUCAGGCGAGAGAGUCCCCACCAAAGGGUACAUCGACCUUCACACAACAUUCGAAGAGGGAAGGCAGACCAAAACCAUCCCCAUUCGCUACUUGGUCGUCGACGCCCACACGUCCUACAACAUCCUCCUUGGCCGUCCAUCCAUCAACGCGCUGGGCGCCAUAGUAUCCACCCCACACCUUGUAAUGAAGUUUCCAUCCCCGGAAGGCGACAUCAUCACAGUACAUGGCGACCAGCGCGCAGCCAGAGAAUGCUACAUGGCAAGCCUGAAACUCCCACUCCCACCCUUGACAACCCACAACAUUGAACAAUCCCAAGCCCACCCCACUCUGUAUGGCGAUGACCUGGACCCCAGACUAAACUCCGAAACACGCCUCGAACCCGUGGGCGAAACAAGGCAGCUCCCACUCGAACAACAAGGCCACUUCCUCCAGGUUGGAACUUCCCUUCCCGAAGAAGAGGUAGAUCACAUAGAGCAAGUUCUCAGACAGAAUGCCGACCUCUUCGCCUGGUCAGCAGCCGACCUCCCCGGCGUUCACCCUAGGAUAGCCGCCCACCGGCUAUCCGUUUUCCCUAACGCAAAACCCAUCUCGCAGAAAAAAAGGAAGCUCGGAGAAAGUAGAAGACAAGCAGCUAUGGCAGAGGCCGAAAAACUAAAACAGGCCGGUUUUGUCGGUGAAGCCCAGUACACAACCUGGCUCGCCAACGUGGUGCUGGUCUAG